CAAAACAAUCAGGUUAUAGGAUAUUUUCGGUUCCUAAAAAAAUCUGGUCAGCUGUCGAGAGGCGAAUGGUUGAAUUUGUAUGAAAAGUCAUUCCAUCUCAGCUGACGGAGAUAUUCUCCUCUGGUUGCAUCUUAAACUCAUGUCUCCUUUUGGCAAAGAGACGCCUCGCUUAAUCCAACGUCGUCAUUCUGUUUAAGACUGCCGAGAGCACUGAUUGGUCGUUUUGGAUGUUGUUGCUUCUCUUGCGGACUGUGAGUUCGACAACACGCUCUGCAGACUUUGGAGACAGUGCUGAAAGCCGUCCGUGCAUCAGAGCAGUGCGCGGCAGCAAGCCCAGCAGCCCUCUAAUGGGUCACUGACCAUGACGCGCAGGAGGUUCUUUGCGCAAAUUGGUUAUCCUCGUUUUCACCACAUAUUUUAGCAAAACAAAAUGGUCCUGCUUUAAUUGUUACUUCUGUUGACAUUUUAAUGUAUUGAUUUAUUUAUUAAAGAAAUGGACGGUGUUCCACCAGAAGAGAAGACACCUUCUGGGACACUGAUGGAGGAAGAGGGGAAUCUUAGCAGCGCUGAUAAUAGCGAGGGAGAAAGCGAUUCUCCGUCAAUAGCCAUGCUGCCUCUUCAGGCCGCCCAACAGGCCCACAGAACAACCAACUUCUUCAUUGAUAACAUCCUACGACCGGAUUUUGGAUGCAGGAAAGAACUCGAUCUAAGUACGAGAGAGAAGGCGCAAAGUUCCUGCCCGGACCUUUGUAGGUCGUUUCCAGUGUCAGCAUGCCUGGACUCCAGCUGCAGCAGCGACAGCAAUUCAUCCUCCAUCGCCAGUCCCAAAAAGUGCAGCAACGGCGACACAGCAGCCCCUGGAUCAAAGAGCGAGGUGUUCAAACCCGAGGAGAACCCCGGAGAGGAUGCUGUCUCCUCUCUAGUAGUGCUAAACGGGAAGGGUACCACUACGGCGGAGAACCAACCCAUGCUCUGGCCCGCUUGGGUCUACUGUACCCGCUACUCUGACAGGCCCUCUUCUGCAGGCCCAAGGACGCGGAAAUUGAAAAAAUCCAAAAGCAGCAAAGAGGACAAACGGCCUCGGACGGCCUUCACGGCCGAGCAGCUCCAGAGGCUGAAGACGGAGUUCCAGGUGAACCGCUACAUCACGGAGCAGCGGCGGCAGUCUUUGGCCACAGAGCUCAACCUCAACGAGUCUCAGAUCAAAAUCUGGUUUCAGAACAAGCGAGCCAAGAUAAAAAAGGCCAGCGGCUUUAAGAACGGCCUGGCGCUGCAGCUGAUGGCACAGGGACUAUACAACCAUUCCACCACAACCAUCCAGGAGGGCAAAGAGGACAGUGACUGAAGAGCUGAGCUGUUGAUUGGACACUGCUUCUGAUCCUCUCCUUAACAUUAACUGACUCUUCUUAGAGGAGGCAAAAAGACUAGUGACACAAACCAAAGAUUUUCAACAGGACAUCUGUUAAAAUGAUGCAGCUCAUGUUCAGCUUCAGGUCCCACAGAACCCAGGAGAAUAGUCCAGUUUGGCUGCAACAAUCCUAACACGUUGGACACUAAUAGUCCUCUAGGAUGGUUGGAUGGACAAGAGAAGAUAUGCAGCCAAUUCACUGAAAAAGCUGCAACUAUCCAGAGGGGCCAUUGCCUUUUCACAAUCAGCUGUAAGCUCAAUGGUUUUUUUAUUAUUAUUGUUAGGUUUGUCCAUGUUAAGAUUACUGCUGUUAUUACUUGGAUUAUCUUAAUCCAGCACCAUUUAGAAAUUAUUUCAGUUGGACAAUAAAAAAAUCCCAAUAAGCCUAAUAAGAUAUAGCCCUACAAACGUCUAAACUAAACACGAACUGCUAAAUUAAUUAGGCUACCAGUUUAUUGUUUAAAAAUAAUACAUUAUUUGGCAGAGAGUUAAGUUACAGUAACAGAUAGCCUACUAAACAAAACGCUAAUGCUCAUCAUUUGAAAAAAAAAAAUUAUAGGUUCUGUUUGUAAUUUAAAUGUGAGUAUUACAUAAUUCGUUUAAACUUUAAUGUAGCUAAUAUUGUAUGCCAAUUUAUACAAUUAUUUUCCAUAACGCAAGAGGUUCGGAUCAGGACUGUUGUAGAGAUACAACUACAGAAAGAUAAAGCCAUGUUUGCAUUCAGGCUAAAUCUUUCCAAAUAAACAGUUUUACGUUCCAUCAAAUAUAUUCAUAGCAAGCCCGUUUUUUUCCCCUCAGUGAAUGAAACUGAAUAGUCAUUAAAACUGCAAGUGUCUGCUUAGAAGCGGAGGUCUCGGCUCAUAUGUGGGAGAGGUGAGCUCACUCCGCGGAACGCGCCGCUAUCAGAGAUGUUGAAAGCGUUGCAGAGCAUGAAAUUAUCUUCUCUCUACAUUCAGCCAUUUCAUCAGCUGCCAUCCAAAUUCACGCUUUGAACACAAAUAUGCUGCGAUUAUGGCGUUCAGCUUCCCUGGGCUUAAGGUCUGCUGUCGGGAAAACAAAGAAAAAAAGAAACACCCAUUACGGGUAAUUGGAAAUUAGGCGUUUAUUUUACAAAAUAUAUCAAGUCGUUGAUGUCUGGACUGCUUAUACAUUAUCUAAUAAAAAUAAUUUAAAAUCUUUAAGCAAUUCAAAUUUUAUUUUAAAUGUUUUAAUACUGUUUUUUUUUUAUGUUGUUGUUGUUUCAGUUCAGUCAAAUAAGGAGUCAACAGAUAUCAGCCUACACAUCGCGGGCCUAUUCAAACACCUCAAUUGAAACAACACAAAAUAAGUCUUGUUUGUUUAAAAAAAAUCUAAAAAGAUUAAUUUUCUCACCAGAGAUGGCCAUUUAUGAAUGUGUGUGAAUGUAGACAUGAAGAUGCUGCCUCAAUAUGCUCACAUAGGCUACAUGCACAUCCCACACUUAGAAAUAAAAAACUUAAACGUUUUGAAUGCAAUUAUUCAUGCAAACAUUUUGGAUAUUUAUGAUACAAAUUUGUAAAAGCUGUCAUACAUAUAAGAUGUAAAUACGGUAUGAAUUGUUUUAUAGCAGGUGCAGGUAACGGUCCUGCAAAUGUCAGCCAAUGUAACACUGAGCUUGAUGCUUAACAGAUGAAUAUAACUUAUGUUCUGCAGAAGUGGCUGUUUAUAAUAAAACAUAUUUUCCUUAGUAAA